GCAGAGGGAGGCCUGGGCCGGGAGGCUGCGGGCGGCCAUGGCGCUGCAGUUCGGAGCGGCGGGAGCGGCUGAGGAACCCGCGCUGGUCGGGGGCAGCUUCGGGGCCGCGGAUUCGUUCCCUAAAGAUUUCGGCUACGGGGAGGAAGAGGAGGAAGAGGCGGAGCUGGAAGGAGGCCCGGGACCCGGCGGACCCGGCGGAGGAACGGGAGGGCCCGGAGGCGGCGCGGGAGGGGCGGAUUCCAAACCGCGGAUCCUGCUGAUGGGGCUGAGGCGCAGCGGGAAAUCUUCCAUCCAGAAGGUGGUGUUUCACAAAAUGUCUCCCAAUGAGACCCUCUUUUUGGAAAGUACCAACAAGAUCUACAAAGAUGAUAUUUCCAACAGUUCCUUUGUCAAUUUUCAAAUCUGGGAUUUUCCUGGCCAGAUGGACUUUUUUGAUCCAACGUUUGAUUAUGAGAUGAUCUUCAGGGGAACAGGUGCUCUAAUAUAUGUUAUUGAUGCCCAGGAUGACUACAUGGAAGCUUUGACAAGACUCCACAUUACAGUUUCAAAAGCCUACAAGGUCAACCCAGAAAUGAACUUUGAAGUUUUUAUUCAUAAAGUUGAUGGUUUAUCAGAUGACCAUAAAAUAGAAACUCAGAGGGAUAUUCAUCAGAGGGCUAACGAUGACCUCACGGAUGCAGGGCUUGAAAAACUUCACCUCAGCUUUUAUUUGACCAGUAUUUAUGACCAUUCAAUAUUUGAAGCCUUCAGUAAAGUGGUACAGAAGCUCAUUCCACAACUGCCAACACUGGAAAAUCUACUAAAUAUCUUUAUAUCAAAUUCAGGCAUUGAAAAAGCUUUUCUCUUCGAUGUAGUCAGCAAAAUCUACAUUGCAACAGACAGUUCCCCUGUGGACAUGCAGUCAUAUGAGCUGUGCUGUGACAUGAUUGAUGUAGUGAUAGAUGUUUCCUGUAUAUAUGGGUUAAAGGAAGAUGGCACUGGAAGUGCUUAUGAUAAGGAGUCAAUGGCAAUUAUCAAGCUGAAUAACACAACAGUCCUGUACUUAAAGGAAGUAACAAAGUUUUUGGCAUUAGUUUGCAUUCUUAGAGAAGAGAGUUUUGAACGCAAAGGUCUGAUAGAUUACAAUUUUCACUGCUUCCGCAAAGCCAUUCAUGAAGUCUUUGAAGUAGGUGUUGCCUCCCACAGAAUCUGCAACCAUCAGUCUGCAACCUCAAAUCUGAAAGCAGUGACUCACAAUGGCACACCUAGGAAUGCAGUCUAGAGGAAAAAAAAAACUAAAGAUGCUGGAUAGACUUGUCAGCUCUUCACUCCAGGGAUUUGUGGAACAAGAGGAAAGUAGUCUGAAGGCCUGAAGUAUGUCUCAAAGAAGAGUGGCACUAACUGUGGAACAAGCAGCUUGUUAACUCUUGUUGGAGAACUGAAACUACUGUAAAAAUACACUGAGGCCAGUGGAGUUAGGAAUGCCAGUUUGAAGCCAGCUUUAUUGUAAUUGCAGUGGUUUUUCAGUUUGGAGCCUGUCUCUGGUGGCCUGAUGAAAACUUACAAGUGGUUGAGUUGAGUUUGGCAUGAAAGACUGAAAAGUCACUGUGCUUAACUUUUUUUUUUUUUUUUUUAACAUGAAUCUGGAGAAAAUCCACUUUUGCUUAAGUUUACCCUUUUGUCAUGAAAAAGAGAAAUUAAAAAAAUGAUGGUAUUAAUUAGGCUUGUGAAACUCAGGCUUUUUGUUUGGUGAGGCUGGUCUUGCAAAUCAUUUCAUGAAGUAGUUUUCUCUCUCCUGUGGGUAAGCUCAGAGUAUAAUCAUUAAUUCUGUACCUGUUAAGUGGAUGCAAGGUAGAGCUCUGUUCUAGUGACUGUUAGGAAGCUGAUCUGGAGUUUCGUUGUAAGAGAUGGUUACACUUUGCUUUCAGACCACACUACUUCAUGUGCUUCCUUUGAUGGAGAACAGAGAUGUAAUAAAUCUGAGUGAUUAAUCCUGUUCACAAAAGAACUGCAUAACUAACUAAACUGAAGUGUCUGAAAUGCCAUCUCUUGGAAUAAAACCACCACAUUCCAGCUACUCUCAAGAGAAAAAUUACAAAGUUCCUGACUUUCCCUGGUGGAUCUUGCUCCUCUCCAACUGCUAGGGAAAUGUCUGAGGGUGUUAUCCUUGCAUGGCAAGAAGUAUCAUUGUGUUACAACCUCCUAAUAAUGCUGGACAUGGGAAAGUGCAUUGAUUCUGUCCUGUGGCAAACAUCCUCUGGUUUGUCCCUGUGCAAUCCCAACAGAAUCCUAUUUUUUUCCAACUUUGCUGGCUUUCAAACAAUGGGACAUAGACCUGAGUUGUUUUAAUCUAAUUUAUUGGUACUAUUGCUGCAGAUGUCAUAGUGUACAUCCACCUUGGGAUGCAGCAAGCUGGGUGACUGGCCUGUAAAGAUCUUGCCUCUUUUUUCCCUGUCACUCUGUGUGUGGAGGUGUUGCAGCACCACUGGACCAAUGGACUGUACAAGUGCCACUGUCUGGAGGUCUCUGUAAGAUCUGUAUCUCUAAGCAGUCUCUGCAACUGGUGUAUUUAUGUGGUCAGAAAAUAACCAUGGGAUUGCUUCUGUGCUCAUAGAAUGGGUUUUCAUUGAACUAUGUAAAAAUGAAUAUACAGGUGUUAACAUUAGGGCACCUUCUGUGUAAAUGUUUUUUCCUUUGUUUUAAAGCUGUUGGAUGGUAUUAAGUACAUUGAGGAUUUGCUCCAGAAGUCACCACUGUCAGCAGGAGACUUGGGAAUUCAGUGUUCUAGUUCACAUCUCUCAAUAGCAGUUGUGGCUCUGAACCUAGGCUGAGACUCUGGGUAGAGGAACUGCAGGGUUUGGGUUUUUUUUUUUAAGGAAAUGCUGCAGCCUUGUAAGGUUGGGUUUUGUACCUUGCAGUCUCUGUCACAGUGUUCCACUGCUCAAGGUGAGAGGAGAAGUGAUGGGUAAGAUUUCAGGAAGAAAGAUAUCAUUCCCAUCUGUUUUCCACAUUCUAAGUACAUGUGUAUAUUCCUCUUUGUCUUCACUCUUGGUCAUUUUGUGCUAAUAAAAUGAAAAACUCUCAAACUUGGAA